CGUCCCCGCCUGCACCGGCUCCCCGCGGGAGGAGCCCUCCUUGCUCUGCAGGGUCCCCGAAGGGACAAAAAACAAGAUGGAUAAGCAAGCAUGGUAUCUAAGAACUUCAAAGCUGGCCCUGGCCUUGGCAAUUAUCCGCUCCAAACCAGCAGACAAAAGCAUCAGAGAGUACACAGAGCAUCUUGCGAGGAUGGUGUCCCAGCAGGAAUCAAGAUGGAGAUCAAAAGUCGAAGCCUUGGAAGCUGAAGUUCUACAGUUACGUCAGAAGCUUCUCCUGAGCAGGAUUUUUUCAGGAUCGUCUAAGAGUGGAGACCCAUCUUCCCAGGUGCAGGCUCAGGAACCUAAAAGUUCUGAAAAUACACCAACUCUGCUGGAAGAUUCCGGGUGUUAUUUAUCAAGUGAGCAGCAGACACCCUCAGAGACACCCCAGUGCUUUGGGGAGGGCUGGACCCCCACCCCCUUCUCAUCACUGCCCAUUGGGAGUAGACCUUGUGCCCCCCCAGAAGAGCCUCUGUCUUCUCACAUGCACUUCUUGCAACAUCUGCUUGGACUGAAGAACCUGACUGAGUCAGAGCACCUGAAAACAGACUUCAGCCACUUUGAAAAUGCCUCUGCCACAAUAGCAGAUUCUGUUUUUCAGUUGCUGGAUGGCUUGAUCACUUUUUACCAAGCACCCAAACUUCCUUGUUCAAGCUUUUGGACAGAAGCUAUUGAUACUUUAGCUAGACUGAUUGAUGAUUGCAACUUAUCUAAUCAUAUUCUUAGAAAGUGUUCCAAAAAGUUGGAAGAGUUUGAGAAGACCCUGCUGCAGGCUAUUUUAAGGAACAGUCAAAUCAAUCGGUUUCAGGUGCAGCGUUAUGUCUCGCAGAGUCUGGUAACCCUGGGAAGUUGCAGCUUGUUGAGAAGAUCUAUAAUAUCUCUGCUUCUGUCAGAAGUAAACAGCUUUGCUGAUGAUCUGGGUGCCAUCGACCAGCUUGGAGAGCCUCUCAAGGCUUUAAAGCGCAGAUGCCCACACAAAGCGCAGCUAAGUGCCGAUGCUCGUUAG